GUUCUUUUCUUUGCAAGAUUGAGAUGGUCCAUAGAGUGGUAGAGUGGACGAGGUUGCUUUCUCAAGAGAGCACGAUCUAGGCAAAAUAAUACGACGACUAGACCUUCUAUUUUUGUGUAAAUCUCAAUUACAAAACCUUAUAUUUUGGUGGCCCUACUCUUUUUUCUUUUCCCCAAAAAAAAAACUGUGUGUGCCUUCUUCUCUUCUCAUUCUCAUCCAAGUUCUCAUCCUCGCCCUCAUCCGUCUCGCUGUCUUUCCUCAUCCUGCAGUCUUCGUUGCCUUGUAUCAUGACCACCUCAGCCGCCGCCGCCAACAACAACAACACUACCGUCUGGGACACUAAGACCCAGCAGUUCCACGGAGGACAGGAUUGGAAGUUCCUCGAUAACUUUGUCGAGGACUUUUCCGUCACGACUAAUUGCCUCGGAACUCCUGUCAAGGCCAUUCAAGCUGCCCGCGAUGCUGUUGCGACCUGUCACCACUACCCACCGGCCAAUCAAGAGCCAGCCAAAUCGUCUUUGGCCGAAUGGAUCUGGCCAGAGCAUUGGGAGGCCAACAGGGACCGUCUGUUGCUUGGCAACGGUGCUUCAGAGCUGAUUGACCUUGUGAUCCGAUCUGCUCCUCAGGGAUCGUGGAAGGCUGGACCUUGGGAUGUUCAGUACAAGGAGUACCAGAGAUCGGCCGAGACAAACGGUCGUGAUAUUCUCUCGCCCCAGGGCCAGGACAGAGCCAAUGUCGUGUGCAUCGUCAACCCCUGCAACCCUACUGGAGACUACAAGUCGAUCGACGAAUUGAAGUCCUGGAUCCUGAACAACGUCCAGGACAAUGGUGUCGUUGUCAUCGACGAGUCGAUGCAGAUCUGGGUUGGACCCGACUUCCGUCAGGACUCAAUGACAGCUCAGACCGAAUUCUUGGAAAAGACCUUCAAGGAGCGCAACAUUUCCAUCUAUGUCAUUCACUCAUGGACAAAGAUCUGGUCCUGCACGGGUCUUCGUCUCGGUUCAAUCGUGUGCCCAACGGUUGCUCAUUGUGUUGAAUUGAAGCGUAUCCAGGUCCCCUGGAGCGUCAACAGCCCUGCAUUGGCGUUUUUGGAUGAGGUCGUCCGCGAUACCGAGUACUUGGAGGAGACCUGGAGGGUGACUCCCAUCUACCGCGCUCAGCUGAUUGAGCGUCUCGAUUCGUUGGCGAACGGUCGUUCCUGGGAGUACUUUGGCAAACCUUAUCUCAGCUGGGUGUGGGCCGAUCUCAAGGAUGUGGAGACUGCUGAGAAAGCUGUGGUCCUGGCCAAGCAGGCCGGUGUUCCAGUCCGCAGCGGCAAGCCUGGUUACGAGCGCCCAACCUUUGUCCGCAUUGCUGUCCGUGAGCCCAAGCAGACCGAUGUCCUCUUUGCUGCUUGGAAGGACCUGUAAAAGGUCAAGAACAACAACAAUAUGGAUGUCCUUUAUUUCUAUAUUUUUUUAUGUUCAUCGUAUUCUUCUGUAGAUAGAUCCUUUCCUCAAUAUACACUACCUUCCUUUUACUAUGCGCUACUUCGGAGUCAUAGACCGAGCUUUCUUGUGAACCAAUACAUGACAAAAAAAAAAAAAAA